AUGGCGCCCAAACAGGCAACCUUAGGCAAGUUCUUUGGAAACCCAAACGGUUCGAAACCCGCCGCCGCAAAGCAACAAUCAAAGCUCUCUUUUAGCACAAAAUCAGCUGCCAAAAAGACAGAAGAGGACGAAAGCGAAGAGACGGAAAAGAAUGGUGCCUCCAGCAGUAGCACCGAGUCUCCCGGGCCCAAGUCCAAAGUCAAACCUGAUCCCGAAGCCAAGGAGAAUGCAGCGCCUGCCGAUUCAAAGAAGCGAGACCGGGCUAGCUUGUCGCCAAAGAACAAAGUAAAAAAAUCACCGGUCAAAGUCAAGUCUGAAGAGGUCGAUGAAGACGAGGAAGAUGUUCCAGUGUCAAAAAGAGCGCGCAGGAGUCGUAGGACGGUAGAGGAGGACGAGGAAGAUGAGGUCAUGGCUGAUGCCGAACCUGCAAAGCCGAUCAAGUCACCAAAGACUAAGAAGGCAGCGCCCAAGAAGCAGGCAGCUGUGGCUUCCAAAACCAAGGCCAAGCCCGAGCCAGUAGAGGAUGAUGCCUCAGCCAAGGAAGAGGCGAGCGCCGCUGAAUCUGCUUCAGAAGUGGAAGACGUCGACGAAGAGGAUGAGAAACCCGAGGUUGCGAAAAAGGCCAGAGAAAAGGUGCAGACCAAACUCAAGUCCAAGGUUAAGGAUCCAUAUCCCGACUGGAAAGAAGGAUCGCCAGUGCCGUACGCUGCGCUUUGCACCACAUUCUCUCUGAUUGAGCUCACGACCAAACGUCUGGAAAUCACUGAGCACUGCGCACUUUUCCUGCGUCAAGUUCUUCGCCUGACGCCCGAUGACUUUCUCCCUGUGGUUAAUCUGAUGAUCAACAAAUUAGCACCCGAUUAUGCUGGUAUUGAGCUGGGAAUCGGCGAAUCUCUGAUCAUGAAAGCCAUUGGCGAGACCACUGGACGAAGCUUGCAAGUCAUCAAGGCCGAUCAAAAAGAUAUUGGUGAUCUCGGUCUGGUGGCCGUCAAGUCUCGAUCGACGCAGCCCACCAUGUUCAAGCCAAAGCCCUUGACCGUACGAGGUGUACACAAGGGUCUCAUGGACAUUGCCACGGUGGCUGGCAAUGGUGCGCAGGGACGGAAAGUCGAUGGUAUCAAGAAGCUUUUGUCCUCUGCCGACGCCCACUCUACGGGCAAGGUGGAUAUAUACAAGGACAAGGGUGGCCCAAGUGAAGCCAAGUACUUGAUUCGGUUUUUGGAGGGCAAGCUACGACUGGGUCUAGCAGAAAAGACUGUCCUGGUCUCAGUGGCGCAGGCCAUGAUCAUCCAUGAGUUUGAAAAGAAGGGCAAGGUGCCCAGCACAACCGACAUGGAGCAGGCUGAGCAGGCUCUCAAGACGACUUAUAGCGAGCUUCCCACUUGGGAUGUCAUUAUCCCCGCAAUGCUCAGGAAUGGCAUUAUGAAUCUGAGGGAAACGUGCAAACUCCGACCAGGUGUCCCAUUGAAGCCUAUGCUUGCCAAGCCUACCAAAGCCAUCACCGAAGUUUUAGAUCGUUUCGAGAACCAGACUUUUACUUGCGAGUACAAGUAUGACGGCGAAAGAGCUCAAAUUCACUAUGUUGCCAAAGAGCACAAGGACGAAUAUAUUGACGGUGUACCUGGUGCAACAAAAGAGGCUGCAAAGGGUAUUGCCUCCAUUUUCUCGAGAAAUUCCGAAGACUUGUCAAAAAAGUAUCCAGAUAUCUUGGCCAAGCUCAACACUUGGGUCAAGGACGGCACGAAAAGCUUUGUCCUGGACUGUGAAACAGUCGCUUGGGAUGUCAACGAGAAGAAAGUCUUGCCAUUUCAACAACUCAUGACGAGGAAAAAGAAGGAUGUCAAGAUUGAAGACGUCAAGAUCAAGGUCUGCGUGUUUGCUUUCGAUCUGCUCUUCCUCAACGGCGAAGCUGUAGUAGAAAAGCCUCUGCGUGAACGUCGCGAGCUACUCCACAAGUCCUUCCAGCCUGUCGAAGGAGAAUUCGCCUUUGCCACGAGCAUGGAUGGCCAAGAACUGGAAGAAAUUCAACAAUUCCUCGAUGACAGUGUCAAGGCUUCUUGCGAGGGUCUCAUGGUAAAGAUGCUGGACGGCACCGAGAGUGGAUAUGAGCCCAGCAAACGCAGUCGCAAUUGGCUGAAGAUCAAGAAGGAUUACCUUUCUGGUGUCGGCGAUUCCCUGGAUCUUGUCGUGCUGGGCGCUUAUUACGGCAAGGGCAAACGUACUUCUGUGUACGGUGCCUUCUUGCUUGCAUGUUACAAUCCAGGUACUGAUACGUACGAGACGGUUUGCAAUAUUGGCACUGGCUUCUCUGAACAAGUCCUCGAGGACCUGCAUAAAUCGCUAUCGGAGAUUGUUAUUGACCGCCCGAAGCCUUUCUACUCCCAUUCCAGCGGUGGUCAACAUCAACCGGAUGUCUGGUUUGAGCCUAAAUAUGUCUGGGAGGUCAAGACGGCAGAUCUCACCUUGAGUCCCAGGUACAAGGCAGGCUGGAAGGAAGGUGUUGAUCCCGGCGGUGAGAAGGGUAUCAGUCUGCGUUUCCCGAGAUUCAUCAAGAUCAGAGACGACAAGAAGCCGGACGAGGCCACGAGCAGCAGACAAGUGGCAGAGAUGUACAGAAAACAAGAGGCCGUCACCAAGAACAAGGGCCCCAGUGUUGACGAUGAUUUCGAGUACUAG